ACGCAAUGCCCUCCGGUGGGGGGAGGGGAGGAAGAUGGCGCCGUCUAAUGCCCUGAGAUGUUGUCAACGGGUGGUCGGCUGGAUCCCCGUCGUUUUUAUCACGCUGGUUGCUUGUUGGUCUUACUAUGCUUACGUGGUAGAAUUGUGCAUCUUUACCAUCCAGAGCAUUGGAGAAAAGGUUAUCUACCUUGUGGUAUUUCAUCUAUCAUUUGUCAUGUUCGUGUGGUCCUAUUGGAAAACUAUUUUUACACCCCCAACCAACCCAUCAAAAGAGUUCAGAUUGAUCAAAGCUGAUAAGGAACAGUAUGAUCGGGAAGAAAGGCCAGAAGCACAGCAAGAAAUUCUCAGAAGAGCUGCCAAGGAUUUACCUAUUUAUACCAGAACUGCAAAUGGAGCCAUCAGGUAUUGUGAUCGCUGUCAAGUAAUUAAGCCUGACCGAUGUCAUCACUGCUCUGCCUGUGACAUGUGUGUAUUAAAAAUGGAUCAUCAUUGUCCUUGGGUGAAUAAUUGUGUGGGAUUUUCGAACUACAAAUAUUUUAUGCUUUUUUUGGCAUAUUCUUUGUUAUAUUGUUUAUUCAUUGCGGCAACUGUGCUACAGUACUUCAUCAAGUUUUGGACACUUUGUCGCAGGAAAUCAUCAGUGAAUUGCCCAAAGGGUGAUCUUCCUGACACACAUGCAAAGUUCCAUGUCUUGUUUCUUUUCUUUGUGGCGGCCAUGUUCUUCAUCAGUCUACUAUCGCUCUUCAGUUAUCACUGCUGGCUAGUCAGCAAAAAUAGGUCAACAAUAGAGGCUUUUCGUGCACCAGUGUUCCGAAAUGGACCUGACAAAAAUGGAUUUAGCUUGGGAUUUACCAAAAAUUUAAAACAAGUGUAUGGAGAUGAAGGGAAGUACUGGCUUCUUCCGAUUUUUACAAGCCUUGGUGAUGGGUGUUCUUAUCCAACCCGUCUGGUCAGUCAAGAUCCAGAGCAGCCCAACUCAAUCAACCACACUGAACCUGCCAAAAAUAGUGCAGAUGGACAGUCACUUCCUCCGAGACCAUUAAGCGAAUCUCAAAACCGAUUGUUAGGAGGCACUGAUCAGCACUGGAUAUCUGAAGAAUCAGAUGAAGAAAGUUCCAAAGUUUCAAAUCAAAAUGCUGCCAUUUCAAUAGACCAGGAAUCUACCAAACCCUCAACAUAAGAUGUUUCUGGUACAGUGUUGAAACUGGAAUGCUGCUCACUUCUGCGGAAGAGGAAGCUGUUAGAAGCUUGAUUCUGAUGAUCAGUUUUUGUAUUUAUGGAAAGUCAUUAGGAGUAAUUGUUGUGAAAGGCAAUAACUUAUAAUAAAUAUUGCUUGUUGCCUUAAAUAACUUUAUACAAAGGACCCACAGAUACUGUGGCAACGAUCCAAAUGUAAUCAGGGUCCAAGAUUACCAAGCCACUAGUCUUCUCUAAAUCUGUAUGUACAGAUCACAUUAAUAAUCUGUAUCCUACAACACAAUAGCCUUACAGUACAUAACCUGCAGUUGUGAUUUGAAAUAUCCAGUCUAAAAGUUAUAUUUUUCUUGUUUAAUUGGAUGUAUAGAUACAAACCUACAGUCAGAUAACUUGAUUUUAACCUAUACUUAACUGCCAGGUUAUGGUGUUAUAGGAUAUAAAAGGCACCAAAAGGAAUUCCUAUAAUUGGGUUAACAUUUAUAAUAAGCAAUAUAUAUAUCAGGUGUACUACAUAUGUGAGGGAUGCAAGGGACUAAACUGUAUAAUAAUUAUAUUGUACUUACAAGGAUUUUAAAAUAACUGUUAAAGACUGCAAGUUGUAACAUAAAAUCAAUUGCUGCUGCAGGUCUGUAUUUUAAUCAAGCAAAAGCCAAUAAUCUUGAGGGGAAGUGUGCUGUUACUUCUCUAAAUUUAUGCAAGAAAUUUUGAAAAAGAGUUUCUGCACUAAUGUUUGGUGUCCUUGUAUGUAUGUUGCUAAUCAGAGCUGCUGUGCACCAAAGAGCAGUUACUGGUUCUGAAACACUAUUUAUUGCAGGUUCCGAAUGAACUGUGGUUUACAAGUGCCAUAAUCUUUUAGUUUUUCCUUUUUUAAAACUUGUGGUCAAUAUUCUAGCUAUCUUGUUUGCUGUUGUCUUUUUUUAUAUAUUCCCAAAAGAAUUUUUUUAAUUUUGCAGAGUAGUAGUCACUAUUAGUAAACAUCAUAGACCGAUAGCCAUCAGUAAAGUGAGACAUUAAUCAAAAACGAUUUAGGAAGGGAUGUUUGUAAUGUAUUAUAUGUUUGGAGAUUCGACUUCUCAGUGUCUCAAACGGUUGAUGUAAGCAAUGUACAAAUAGUACUGAAUGAAUAGGUUGUUAUUUUUUAUUUGAAAAAUUUGCAAAUGAUAUGCAUCCAGACACAACUAAAUGUAUUAGAAAUAAAUGCAUCCUAUGAGAUUAAAGACCAGGGAAAUUCUGAUUCAGAACAGAUGCUGAAUCCCUAAAUUGAAAAUUGCUUCACACUGAAUUAUUGUUUAUGAUAUGUGAAUUGGAAAGUUGAUAAAGAUGUAUGAACUUAUCAUGUAGUACAUCCUCACUCCACUUGUUACGCUCCAUGUUGUCCAACUUGUUUUCCAUUACUAAAGUAAGUUCAGUGUAUUUUGUAACCAUAGUAAUGUAUGUUCUCAAUUUCAGCACUGGAUUUUUCACCUUCAGCUUCAUGUCUCAGGACUCUUGAUGCAUUCUUCAGACAAAAAAAAGUAACCUAUUACUAAAGUGACAUUUUUGCUGUGGUAAUUCUUACCAUUGUAUAUAUCCAGGACAUAAGAAUUAAGCUGAAAAAUGCUAUACAAUCAUGAAAGUUGUGACAGUAUUACACAAACAGAUUUAUCCCAGAAAAAAUCCAUAUAAGAAUGCAAAUUUGAUCUCAAAUCAAUAAUAGAUUUUGUAUUGAUAAUGAUUACCAACAGAUUAUCCAAAUAAGAUUGAUACUGUUUGAUAGAUUAUAUUUAAAUUUAUAUUAAACUAUAAGUGGUGCACUUUUUCCUAUCAUUCAGUUUUUUUAUCCCCAUCUUUCAUGCAUGUACACAAAUUUCAUAAACAAAUUUUAAUUAUCAUGAAGACAGCCAUGUUCCUCUAACAUUUUUAUUAAUAAUUAA